ACAUGGUUGAAGAAGACAACAGCACCAUCCUUGAGGAUGUGAUCCCAGGAGAUGCAACCCCCAUGCUGCAGUUUGUGGAGGACAGGAUACACACCACUAUGCUGACUGGAAUUGCAAUUGGAGCUGCAGUGGCACUGCUGUUUAUUGCAGUUGUUGUGUUUGUUGUGUACAGAAGACUGAGACAAUCCAAACAGCUUCAGCCCCACGUGCCCCAGUACAGGUUUCGCAAGAGGGACAAAGUGAUGUUCUAUGGGAGGAAGAUCAUGAGGAAGGUUACAACUCUUCCAAACUCCCUGGUUGGGAACACGGUGCCUCGCCAGAGGAUGCGCAAACGGGCAAAAGUUUUAUCUCUGGCUAAAAGGAUUCUACGUAUUAAGAAGGAAUGUCCAACUCUGCAGAGGAAGGAGCCUCCUCCCUCUUUGCUAGAGGCAGAUCUGACUGAAUUUGAUGUGAAGAAUUCCCAUUUGCCAUCAGAAGUCCUGUACAUGCUUAAAAAUGUCAGGGUCCUUGGGCACUUUGAGAAGCCUCUGUUCCUGGAGCUGUGCAAGCACAUGUUCUUCGUGCAGCUGCACGAGGGCGAGUACAUCUUCCGUCCCGGGCAGCUGGACAACAGCAUCUACGUCGUGCAGGAUGGGAAGCUGGAAGUUUGCAUCCAGGAAAGUGAUGGAACAGAGGUGGUGGUGAAGGAGGUGCUGGCAGGAGACAGUGUCCACAGCCUUCUCAGCAUCCUCGACGUCAUCACGGGCCACCCUGCUCCCUACAAAACAGUCUCAGCCCGAGCAGCCACUCCAUCCACAAUUCUGAGACUCCCAGCAAGUGCCUUCCAAGAUGUGUUCCAGAAAUACCCUGAAACUCUGGUGAGAGUGGUACAGAUCAUCAUGGUGAGGCUGCAGAGGGUGACAUUCCUGGCUUUGCACAACUACCUGGGUCUGACCACGGAGCUCUUCAGCUGUCAGAGCCAGGCCAUCCCACUGGUGUCCGUGACCAGUGUCACAGCUGGAGGAAGCAGCAGCAAAGCUGGGAAAAGACCAGUGUCCAGUGCACUGGAGGAGGAUCGUGGAGAGAAGUUUGAAAGAUCUGGGGAAGGACUGGAAAUGGAUACGUUGAAGAUUUCUGGUGCAGAAAACACAGAGCAUAUUUUCAGGAGAAGCCUUUCAUCACCUCCCUAUGCAGGGUCUGCAGAGGCUUCUAAUAAUUGCAGCGGUGCCAAGUCUGACAUGGACAUGGCCUACGAGAGGGCCCGGGUGCACCUGAGCCCAGAGGACACUGCUGGCAGCCCCAGCACGGCCAAGUCCAUAUUGAAGAAGACUGUGACGGUGACAGAGACUCCUUCAGCAGUUUUCCAUUACAGUGCAGUGCAGGACUCCUGUAACACCAAACAUAUUGAUGCCAUCGUUGAAGCAGCAAAGAAGGACCUCUCAACCCUGAUGAAACUUGAUAAUCCUGCAUUGCUGAACGGCAAGGUGACGCUGCACCAGGUCACUGCUGGCACCGUGCUGUCGAGGCAGGGGGACCAGGAUGUUAAUGUUUGCUUUGUGGUCUCGGGGAUGCUUCAUGUGUACCAGAGGAAGAUUGACUCUGAGGAGGACACUUGUCUCUUCAUAACCCACCCCGGGGAGCUCGUGGGCCAGCUCGCCGUGCUCACUGGGGAGCCACUGAUCUUCACCAUCAAGGCCAACAGAGACUGCAGCUUCCUGUCCAUUUCCAAGUCCCAUUUCUAUGAGAUCAUGAGGGAGCAGCCCAGUGUGGUCCUUGGGGUGGCCCACACUGUUGUGAAGAGAAUGUCCCCCUUUGUCAGGCAGAUUGACUUUGCCCUGGACUGGAUGGAGGUGGAGGCUGGACGAGCUGUUUACAGGCAGGGGGACAAGUCUGACUGCACGUACAUCGUGUUGAACGGGCGCCUUCGCUCCGUCAUCCGGAUGGAAGAUGGGAAAAAGCACCUGACUGGGGAAUACGGCCGAGGGGACUUGAUUGGAGUGGUGGAGGCACUGACCCACCAGCCCAGAGCCACCACGGUGCACGCGGUCAGGGACUCCGAGCUGGCCAAGCUGCCCGAGGGAGCCCUGAUAUCCAUCAAACGCAAGUUCCCGCAGGUUGUGACUCGACUUAUUCACUUGCUGGGAGAGAAGAUCCUUGGCAGUUUGCAGCAGGGAGGUCACCCUCUUGGAUUACACAGCUCCAGCAGCAAGUGGGACGCUGGGAAUCCUGCCAGCAACCUGUCCACGGUGGCGAUCAUGCCGGUGUCCGAGGAGGUGCCGCUGACGGCCUUCACCCUGGAGCUCAAACAUGCCCUCAGUGCUGUGGGUCCCAGCAUCCAUGAGUACAGGCUGACCAGCUGGCUGGGCCAGCAGGAGGACAUCCACCGCAUCGUGCUGUACCAGGCCGACAGCUCCCUGACCCCCUGGACCCAGCGCUGCAUCCGCCAGGCCGACUGCAUCCUCAUCGUGGGGCUGGGGGACCAGGAGCCCACCGUGGGAGAGCUGGAGAGGAUGCUGGAGAACACUGCAGUGAGAGCCCAGAAGCAGCUCAUCCUGCUCCAUAAGGAGGAUGGGCCCCUCCCUUCCCGAACUGUGGAAUGGCUCAACAUGCGGAGCUGGUGUUCUGCUCAUCUCCACCUCCACUGCCCACGCAGGGUCUUCUCCAAAAGGAGUCUGCCCAAGCUGAUAGAGAUGUAUGAACGGGUGUUCCAGAAGCCACCGGACCGUCACUCCGACUUCUCCCGCCUGGCCCGUGUCCUGACCGGGAACGCCAUAGCGCUGGUGCUGGGGGGUGGAGGGGCCAGGGGCUGCUCCCAGGUGGGUGUUAUCAGGGCACUGAUUGAAGCUGGAAUCCCCGUGGACAUGAUUGGAGGGACGUCCAUCGGCGCCUUCAUGAGCGCCCUGUACGCCGAGGAGCGCAGCUACAACCAGAUGAGGAUCAAAGCCCGCCAGUGGGCCAUGGUUAUGAACUCAGUGUUUAAGACUAUUUUAGACCUGACCUAUCCAAUAACCUCUAUGUUUUCUGGAGCAGCUUUUAACAACAGCAUCAACAACAUCUUCAAAGAUAAGCAGAUAGAGGAUCUGUGGAUUCCUUACUUCACCAUCACCACUGACAUCACUGCCUCAGCCAUGAGGGUCCACAGGGAUGGCUCCCUGUGGAGGUAUGUCCGUGCCAGCAUGUCCCUCUCGGGGUACAUGCCCCCCCUGUGUGACCCCAAGGAUGGGCAUCUCCUCAUGGAUGGAGGCUACAUCAACAACCUUCCAGGUAGGAGCACAGCUCAGCUGGGAACAAGUUCCCAGGACAGCCCAUCAAACAGCUUGCAAGUGCUGAACAUGGCCGAGAUCCAGACGCGCCUGGCCUACGUGUGCUGCGUGAGGCAGCUGGAGAUGGUGAAGAACAGCGACUACUGCGAGUACAUCCGGCCCCCCAUCGACCGCUACGGCACCCUGGACUUCGGCAAGUUCGACGAGAUCUGUGAAGUGGGAUAUCAGCAUGGGAAAACUGUAUUUAAUGUCUGGUGCAGGAGUGGAGUCCUUGACAAGAUGCUAAAGGACAGGCAAGAGAUCUGCAAGUCCAAAACUGAUAACCUGACCUGUCCCACCACCUCCUUCACAGACCUGGCAGAGAUCGUGUCCCGGAUCGAGCCCGUGAAGGCCCCUGUGGCAGACGACGAGUCAGACUACCAGACUGAGUAUGAGGAAGAAAUCCUGGACAACCAGAAGGAUGAUUAUCUGGAUUUCAUAAGCAACCAGGCUGAAGAGGACUCUGACUCGGAUGAAGACGUGCAGCUGAGGAAGCGCAGGACUGUGCCCAGCACGGAGGGCCAGGCGAGCAGCACGGGGGAGCCGGGAUAGAGCGCGGGAGGCUCAGAGCUGCACCCCAGCCUACAGCAGCUGUAUUUAUUUAUUUAAUACUUCACAAAACCAAAACAACGCCUACAUGAAACGAAACAAGAGCUCAGCCUUCCCCAGCCAGGGCCGGGCUCAGCUGCUGGCACAAAGCACAGCCUUUGGAGCUCUGCCCUGGGCAUCUCCUUCCUACGGGUGUCAGGAGCAGGUUAUUGAUCCCUGAGGCUGGCAGGGGGGCAGAGGGGCAGUUCAAAGCUGCCUUGGUUUUUGCUGCUGUGUUUUAGUUGCUGUUUUUCCUGCGGAGGCCCCAGGAAGGCCGGGGUGUGUCCCCUCCGUGUGCCGGCCCGAGCAGCAGCACUGCAGAAGGGAGGGGUUCGUGGGUCGAAGCGUUGCUUUCUUUUCAUACCAAUCAGGUAACUCUGUAAUUAACUCCUCAGUGACUGCCAACCACGUACUCGUGAGCAGUGCUCUGACAGGAGCAAAUCUGAAUGUAUUUUCACUUGAAAUCUAAACCUAAGAAAUGAUUGUGAGGGGUGGCCACGGAGCUGCAUCCUCGAGUCACCGGCAGAACAUUUACUGAGGGAUCAUGGAGCUGACACUUCUGGGCAACUCUGGAAUCACCACUUGGCUGUAUUUGCCCUGUGAAAUAAAGUUGUUUUGCUGGAUUGAAA